UUGAGAGGUCCUACGCGUCGUCGUGUCGAAGCCCCAGUGUUGACUGCUAAUCAGAAGAAAAUAACAAGAUUCGAGUUCGGGACUGCCAUCCUCAGUAGCCCGUCGUCAGUGAAGUGAUAAAGCCGUUCCACAAAAAUAAGAAAUAGAAAAACAGUUUAGUGCUCCAACUAACCCAAAGCAAGCGAAAUCCCCGGACAACAAAACCAAGUGCUGUAGCGAACCUAAUGCUCUGCCCUCCAACCAUGCGUCCGGCCAGUCCCGCCGAAUCCGAGAUCUCCGUGGGCGGAGCACCCAGCCCGCUGCCCACGCAGCACCAUCCGCAUCCGCAUCCGCACGCGCAUCCGCUGCAGCAUCCGCGGGCCAGCACCAUCGAUCUGCUGCAGCAACAGCAGCUGCUGAUGCAGCACCAUGCCGCCGCGGCAGCCGCAGCCGCAGCAGCGGUCUCCGGCCUCAACCGGAGUGCCGUCGGCAACCUGCCGGAGGACUACUUCCAGCCGCUGAAGCGCCUGCGCAUGUCCUCCUCCUCCUCGGAGCCGCGGGAGCACACGCCCAGUCCGCCGCCGGUGGUGCCGGAGCCCCAGACCAACCAGACCACCAAGUCGGCCAUCGAGGGGGUCAAGAGCUUCUCCAUCGCGGACAUCCUGGGUCACUCGGAGAAGCAGCGGGAGGAGUCCGUUUCGCCGCCCCCAAAUGCCGGCCUACUGGCUCCACCCGCCUCCCGACCCAUGGCCUCCUCGGGGGGAUUACUGCAGCCGCGGACGGAACCCCUUGACGUCCAUCCGGCCGCCGCUGCCGCCAUGCUCUUGCCCAGCGGACAGAUUGUCCGGCCGUGGGACCACCUUCUCGGUCCCGCCAUGCCCGUCCGCCCCUUCAUCCCCUCAGCCCUGCUGCACUACGAGCAGCGCCUGGCCCUGGACUACCACCGUCAGCUGCAGGAGCACUUCAACGCCCAGGCGCAGCUGCUGCGCCACAUGGGCAUGGACAUCAUUCCGUCGGAGAGCGGCUCCGACCGCUCCAGUUCGGCGGCCAGCGACUGCUGUUCCCCGGAGAUCGCCAGGGAUUCUGCAGCAGCCGCUGCCGCCUCCGCCGCCAGUGUCCGCCGGAGUCACAGUCCGCAGUCGUCGGCCCAGGCCGGAACUAGUGGAUCCACGAGUGCUUCAAGCCCCCCGCAAGGAGCAGCCGGAGCAGGAGGAGCGUCCAGUGCCGCCAGCAACGCCGCCGCCGUUGCCAAGGCCAAGGCCAAUGGCACUCCCCUGGAUGCACUCUUCCAGAUGACCACCAAGGACUUUGACGAGUCACAAGAUAAAUCCCAUUUGGACAUCUUCUCGAACCGACCGCAGCCGAAGAAGAAGCGCAAGUCGCGCACCGCCUUCACCAACCACCAGAUCUUCGAGCUGGAGAAGCGGUUCCUCUACCAGAAGUACCUGUCGCCGGCCGAUCGCGACGAGAUCGCCGCCUCCCUGGGCCUGUCCAAUGCCCAGGUGAUCACCUGGUUCCAGAACCGGCGGGCCAAGCAGAAGCGGGACAUCGAGGAGCUGAAGAAGGACUUCGACAGCGUGAAGGUCUUCUCCGCCCACAAGUCCUUCCUCGAGAACGUGAACGACCUGAGCAUCCUGAAGAAGAAGCCCAUGCACGAGGCGGAUAUGGUGGGACUGGCCGCUGCCGCAGCCGCCGCCGGAAUGGUCGUCCCCGUGCCGGGAUCCGUUCCCAUGGGUGGGGCACCGCCCAAAUGAGGGCGUGGCCAGGUGCGCACCGAACCGCCAAGGCAACCUGAUGAUGGUACAGAAAGUGAGCAACGAGGAGUCGAGUAUUUUGUUUAAUUUUGAGUCGAGUGCCGGGGAAGUUGGGAAGUUGAUUUCUAGCCCAUCGGACAUUCCCCAAGGCACAAGACGGCCAAAGGAAGUGCCAGGACAUCCUUAAGAGCUUCCGAGGCCAAUAGGAAGAGGGCAAAGGCAACAUUCACUGCCAAGCCCAUAUGGAGAAAGACCAGCCAGGACCAAGGCCCUUUUUAAGGGCCCGCAAACAAGCCAGAACAAUCAUAACCGGAAACGGAAGUCGAAAUGGAACCAGCCAGAACCAGGAUUCGGCCUUAUAGCCAGGAUCACAUCGAUUAUAUUCAACCCAAUCGGCUCUUUUUAGAGCCACCAAGCGGAUGAGCAAAGAGACUUUGUAAUUUUCUUAACAAAGAUUAUUAAAAAUGAUUUAAUUGAAUAAACUUAGUUAUGCGUAUUAAUGUAUAAUCAC